CGAUGACCCGCCAGAAACCAUUGCCGAAGAUCUGCCAUGGACGUCGUGAACGCGACGCUGCUGGAGCAUGGAGUGGACCUCGCGGCGUUGGAAGCGACGUUCCACGAGUUGAAUUCCCUUGCAUUUGUCGAGCCAUACUGGCAGCACAUGAUCACAACGUACUCGCCGUUCACGAUCGUGUCGAUCUUCACAUUUGUCCUCCACGAAGCGCUGUACUUUACCAUUUGGGUGCCGUACUUGGCUCUCGACUUCAUCCCGUACUUCCGCAAGUACAAGAUCCAAGAAAACAAGCCCAACACGUGGAACGAAACGUGGCGAUGCGUCAAGCACUUGAUCUUUAGCCACGUCGUGAUCCAGCUCCCCAUGAUUCUGUGCAGCGACUGGGGGCUACGCCAGCUCGGGUUCACAUUCGAUCUCCCUCUCCCCGCUGCCACAACUAUCGCGUGGCAGUGCUUUGUCAGCUUCAUCUUGGAAGAUUUCUACUUUUACUGGGUCCACCGCCUCCUCCACCACAAGAGCAUUUACAAAUACGUGCACAAGAUUCACCACGAGUACGCGGCGCCGUUUGGCAUUGCUGCCGAGUACGCCCACCCGAUUGAAACGAUGCUGCUCGGAGUGGGCACGUUUCUCGGCCCCCUUCUGCUCACGCGCCACCUCUUGACGCUGUGGGUGUGGCUGGCCGUGCGUCUCUUUGAGACGAUCGACGACCACAGCGGCUACGAACUCCCAUGGGCCUGGUCCAACUUUCUCCCGUUCUGGGCUGGCCCUGUCCACCACGACUUCCACCACGAAAAGUUUGACGGUAACUACGCGUCCGUGUUUACGGUCUGGGACUACGUGUUUGGAACGGACGGGGCGUUCCGACAGUCGCAGGCGGACCGUCGGGCGAUUGGCAAGUCCCGCUGGUACGAUUGCUUCGACAUCAUCUCGCCCACGCUGCCAUCGACCAAGGCUGCGACUGGUGCCAAGGCGAAACUCGCUUAAGUAGCAAAACAACACCUCGAAUCCAACGCACGCACUUGCUAAAAUUUCCCCAUGUCGCUUGCCGCACGAGAGAACGCAAGGUCGCACAGGGCACACGACCCCUGCAACAUCAAAACGACAUGGCUUCGCCACGGUAGCCACCGGGGGAAUGCAGCGAAGUCGGUUGCUAAUUGAUGAAAGAGCAAUGCACACAGUCGUGGCUCGAGAGGUUGGAUCGCAU